AUGUUACAGCUGCGUCAGCGUGGAUCCUCGUCAGCCGUCGCUGAACAUCAGGAAGGACCUGGGGAAGGGGAUGGAAACGAUAUACUCAUAUUCAAUGACACAUACGGCGUAGUCAUUUGCACCCGUUGCGGGCUCGUACUCACCCAUGUCCAAAACCAUCUGAGCACGUCCCACACUGAGCUCGAGCUGUCUGUCCGCCAGGCGCUUGUGUCGCGCUACAGUCGAUACGAAGAAGUGGACAUUGCAGCGCUCAAUAACCAGAUACGCCAGUAUGGAUAUUCAAAUCCGACGCAGGCAGUCAGAGGUCUAGCCAUAGUAGACGGCUUCGCCUGUCUGUACGGGGAUUGCAGAGAACUCUCGUCAAAUGAACAGGUCAUGUUGACACACCUGGGCCAAAAACACAAUCGUCGGCGGGCAGCGAAGAAGGGCCUGAUGACGAAAGUGCAGAUGCAGAGUUUCUUCAGGCGUGGGAGGGCCAAACGUUAUUUUGUUUACUUCUGCGUCCGCCCAGCGCCUGUUGGCGAGGAGGGUGAUCACGACGCAAACACCCCACGGGGAGCAGACGGUUCUCGCACUGCGCCAGCAUCUGAUCCGCAUGUGAAUGACGAGGUGGUGACGGAAACGGCGCAUCCCAUGCAGGGACAGGAGACCAGAAACUGGUUCAGGAGGACCGGCUGGGUUGAACAUUUCGACGGGAGGGAUCUUCAAGCCUUGCAUGCCGCAAGCAUGAUGCCACGUAGCUGCGAGAAUGAACUUCGGAGGAUGGUUCGAGCUCUGGAUAGGCUCUUCCUCGCCAUGGUCACCGCCAACGUGCCCGGGGAGGCCAGUCAGCUCGUGGUUGGUGCCAGCAUCGACGACGUCCACGACAUACCGUCCGCGGCGAUGAACGACAGUACAGGCAUGGACCGUCAUUUGACGCUGAUGCAGCGCUUCCUAUGCUACUGCCUUCGCCUGUUGGACUUGGAGCAAGAUGCACUCCGUACCGGCUACGGGCUCGUCUUGACGCAGGAUCAGAGGGACAGUCUCGAGCGCUUCAGAGAGCUUCUCAGACAGGACGACGACGAGGGAACUGAACGUUCUCCUGGCAGCGCCGACAGCGGGCUCGCGCAAAGCGUACUUGGGGUACUGUCAGGUUUCUGGAUGCAGCGCGUCGAAGGGAAUCCCUUCGCCAGUCCCUUGUGGCAUUUCACAGCUGUGCUUGGCAUAGACGGUGACACAGGACGACUCCGACCCGCGCACAUGUUCAUCCACGUUCUCGCUGGCCUUUCUUAUGUAGGUAGGGCGUUGCUCUGGGAGUGGUGUACAGUGAGGUGCAAUGAGUUGGUGUUGUCGGAUCCGACGUCCCUCAUCGGUCAAGUGCGAAUCGCCGCUGUCGGGAACAACAACCACUACCCCAUGGGCCUUGUGGAAAGUUUGCUUGGGGAAGCGAAGAGCGUCCUGGAUGAGAUGGAUCGGAGGCCACAAGUGUCCUUGGCCGACGCCUGUGGGACAGUCUAUAUACGUGGAUCGCCACUGUUCACGGAUAGCAUCGUCCGGAUGGUGGAAAACCUGACCGCCCACACAGAGGGUUUGCUGUGGGAUCAGCUGAUGUUCGGCAAGGGCAGCAGCGACCAGGAUCGUCUCACGAUCCACCUUGGUGAGCUGGAUGACGAUCUGACCGCAGCUGGGCAAGGAAUAUCGUUCAUGACCAACAACCGCCCCAGGAGAGAUGCGGCAUAUAUGUUGUCGGAACUGCAGUCAAGUUGGCGCAAGGGAGAGCUCAUGGAGCAAGAUGGUGGCUGGAGGUGGGCCGGUGUUAACAACUACCUGCGUACGGUCGAGGAGUUGGAGGAACGCAUGCUCGUCUUGUGCCACCUCACGGGGGGCAAGCCAUGCCACGGUCCGGAGAUCACAUCUGUACGUAUUGUCGGAGGUACUCACAGGAGUCGCGAUGUAUUCGUGGUGGAUGGGGAAGUCGUCAUCAUAACACCCAAAUACCUGUCCCCUGCAGAGUUCGACUCCCGAGAUGUCAUGGCCCGUUUCCUGCCCGACAGGGUGGGGCAGUUGAUUGCGAUGUAUAUGGCAUACAUCCGACCUCUGAAGGAUCAUUUGAAGGCUGAGAUGGUCGAAGUCCCUGGAGAGGUGGAGGCAACAAGCGAAUUCAUGUGGGACGAUGGGAUGGGGCCAUGGGACAUAAGCAGGAUGUCAACGGCGAUGGCGAAGUGGACAUCUCAAUACCUAGGCGAUGCUGUCACCUUGCACGACUGGCGUCAAAUUGCAGUCGCCAUAGUCGAGCAGGACGCCCUCGAGGGGGGGGGAAGCGCCGACUUCGGGGACAGUGACGAAGACGACAGCGUUUCAGACAACACCUCGAACCGCAACGUGUGCGACAGCAACAGCGACAGCGUUCCGGAGGGUGUGUCCGUAGACAUCGUCGCCAAUACAUACAGCAGCCCUUCACCCGCUGGUCGCGUUGUCGUUGGCGGCAUACCAGAUCGUUUGUCUGCAGAUCUUCUGGGAAGGUAUCGACGGGCCAGUCACCGUUGGCACGCGCUCCUGGGCUGCACCACGCACCCACGUCAAACUCCAGGCUCGCCAGCCUCGACCACCACUUCCCCACCCCGCCCUCUGUCGUCGACGCCAGUAUCUCCUACACCAUCACUCCACAAACGAAAGAGAACGUCGGACGCUGGCGAGGGUUCGGAGUUGAGUCUCCUUCGGUCAAAGCGCGCCAGGGUCCUUCCGAGUGAGUUGAUACCGUCCGACAACAUGGGGGGCAGAGAUGGCGUAGUGCACCCUGGAGAAGCGAGUAGGGCGGGUAGUGAAGGACACAUGGUCGACACGGAUCGCAGAAACGAUGGAGACGAGAUCGCCUACUCAGACCAUGCAGUCGAUGGAGAUACUACAAUUGGCGCAGUGGACGAGUACGCCGUAGAGUCUACCGAGCAACCAGAGCAACCAGAUGAGCCGGAGGAGCCGGAGGAGCCAGUUCGACCAUAUGAACAAGAUGAACCAGUUCAUUCAGAGCAGCCAGAUCAUCCAGAUGAAGCAGAGUACCCAGAGCACCCAGAGCAGUCAGUUCAACCAGAUGAACCAGAUGAACCAGAGCAGGCAGAGCAGCAGGUUCAUUCGGAGCAAGCAGAUGGACCAGAUGAAUCAGAUGAACCAGUUCAUUCGGGGCAGCUAGAUCGUCUAGAUGAACCAGAGCAGGCAGAGCAUCCAGUUCAUUCAGAACAACCAGAUCAUCCAGAUCAUCCAGACCAUCCAGAUGAACCAGAUGAGCCAGUUCAUCCAGAGCAACCAGAUGAGCCAAUUCAUUCAGAGCAGGCAGAUCAUCUAGAUGAACCAGAGCUGGCAGAGCAGCCAGUUCGUUCAGAGCAACCAGAUGAACCAGAGCAGGCAGAGCAGCCAGCCCAGUCAGUUAACACGAAAGAAUCGCUGGACGGGUUUAAUAAUGGUCACGAGGGUAUUGUGCAAUCGACGAUGGCAGUGGUGAGUCGUGAUCAAGCCGUCGUCAGUCCAAAUCAGGGCGAAGAUGCAUCCGUGGAGGUUGAGCCGUUCCGGCAAGCAGCGUCGACAGUUCCUCGGCUAGACAUAUGCUACAAUGCGAAACGUGUGAAGCGGGGCGGUGGCAUAAGAGAAGUGGUAGAUCGAGCAAAUCGACAGAUCCAGACGAUGCCGCAUGGAGCAAAAGGUAUCAUUUUCUGCAAUAAUAUCGGUCAAUGCAAAGCCAUCAAUAUCCAACUCAAUAACACAGUAGAGGAUGGCAAGACGGCAACAUGUUAUUGGCAUCAACGCACUGACGUGGGUAGUCAACGGUCGCAAACCAGCAACGGCCAUCAGAUGUGUCUUGAGUCGUGGAUGGGAGGCAUGGCCAGUUACGUUUUGGUCAGCGACAUGCAGGAAGUAGCUGCCUAUGCCGACAUCAUGAAAUUUGGUUUCGCUCACGCGAUCCACUUCGGGGUUCCAAAUCUCACCAUUGCCCGCUACGUAGAGGACAUACGUAUACUAGCAGGGGCGGAGAGAUGCAUCAGAGCAGAUGUUAUCACGGAAAUGACCGCAUCGGGUGACUGUUCCCCCAAUGUCGAUGAGCAGAUGAGGCGCUAUAUCGAAUUGGAAGGUUGCCGUCGCCAAGCAGUCCACCAGGGCAUCGGAGAGGAUCUACGGGAAUGCAAGUCUGACAGUGGUGCGACUCGAUGUGAUAAUUGUGUCAGUAAAUAG